AUGAACGAUUUAAGAAGAAUAGAAAAAGAGAUCCAAGAGAAAUAACGUUUAGUACAGUUCCUAGAUGAAAUAAGGCUCCAACAUUUUAUAAGAAUCCGUAUCGUCCAACAGCAAGAUUGUUAAAAUAAGUGAGAAGACAAGCGAAUUUUAUAAAGACGACAAGUCAUUAGAAAUAUGAAGAAAUGUUAGAGAAAGUAAUGUAGAAAAGUCCACGACAAUAUAAAAUGAGAGAAUCACCAAAUCAUGAAGAAAUAUUGAAUAAGAUUAUCUUUGAGUUAAAAAAAGAGAUUUAAUAAAAAUAAACAAAUUUGUAUAAUAAAUAAUAAUUAGAUCUCCAACAUUUGGUAUAAGAAGAAAGGAAUAGUUUGAUUAACAUGAUAAGAUAUUAACUCUUAAGACUCUGAUCUCACAUAUUCAUAAUGAUCAAGCAGUAAAGAACCGUUAACGUCAAUAAAAAUUUCCAUGCAUCUAAUAGGAUAAUAAUUCAUGUGAUUCCGAUAGAGUAAUGUCAAUAAUUUCAGCAUGUUCUAAAUAAAAUAGUUAGUUAGAAAAAAUGCAUAAAUUUGUGCAUUAAAAAUAGAGAAACUAAAGAAAAAGAUUUGCUUCAUUAAAUGAUCAAAUAGGAUUACUAUAUUUAUUAGAGUGA